AUGAGAAAAAACGUACUCUUCCUUCUUUCAAAAUGGCUUGUGUUUCUCGUUUCAAAGAGCAAGGGUGUUCCGGCCAUGGUAGGAAUGGGCUCUACGGAUUGCGAUGCGUUCGGACCGUCGGGAAUAGACAACAUAGAUUGGGAUCUGCUCGGAGGAUUUCAUGAUUAUAUCUCUGGUUCCACAAGCCCCGGUCAAUUGAGCCAGGGUGGUGAUCGCUCCGGAAGUUCACUUCGAGAUGUCAAAGCGGGUGAUCCUUCGACAUGCUGGGUCACACUCAUGUCUGGUGAAUAUGAGAAGCUCACGCACGGUGUCCCUCACGCCAUCCAAAUCGGCAGCGACAGAGGGAGGAGUGUAACCGAUCCAGCAAAAAAUAUCGACUUUCAUUUGUUCAAGAGCGGUCAGUGGAAAGCUACCCAAGGGUCGAGAUACUUCACUAUCCGCAACAAUUCGCCCACUCAUUCAGUCGCCUAUACCCUAUAUCAUCCUGAUACUCGUGAAUUCCUUCCAGAAAGACAACUCAAUCCCCGCGGUCAGAAAGUUGUCGCGAUCAAUUUUGAUGAGGGAAAAAUACUAGUAAAUGUCAAGCAGGGUCACCAGGUGAUUUGGCUCGGACCAGCUGAUGCGGCCGGAGGCAUUGUGGAAAGGCGAGCUUGGCUGAUACGUCAAACGUGA